AUGUUCAGUAGCAAACGUCUCAAAAAUGUUAAAGAAGCAUUCAAGUCUCUAAAAGGCCAGAAUCCAGAGACAUCCAUGGAAAGUUCGAAAUCACCUCCUAGAUCCAAAAAUUUGGAAGCAUCUUCUAAAUCCAGGGAUGCCAGAUCUCCGGCUUCUUUAAAGCUUCCUAUAAGUUCAAGUAAUAAAAAUAAAAUAUUCUUACUAAAAGAAGUGAAUAAACACGGUAUGAGUAGUAAGCCCAUCGCAGCCGCCUUCGAUUUCACGCAGAAUUUAUUGGCAAUAGGCACAGUUACAGGGGAACUCCAUAUUUACGGUCAGCAGCAGGUAGAGGUGGUUGUAAAGUUAGAAGAUAAGUCACCCAUAAAAGAAAUGAGAUUUGUGAAAGGGAUCUAUUUAGUGGUCAUUAACGCAAAAGAUACUAUAUUUGUAAUAUCCUUAUAUUCCCAGAAAGUGCUUACAACAGUGUUCAUUCCAGGGAAAAUAACGUCAAUCGACACAGAUGCCUCUUUAGACUGGAUGUUGAUCGGUCUUCAGAGUGGUUCAACGAUCAUUUACGAUAUUGAUAGGGAUCAACUUUCCACUUUUAGAUUGGACAACCUACAAAAAAGCUCAUUUUUUCCAGCUGCAAGGUUGUCACCAAUAGUUUCGAUUCAGUGGAACCCAAGAGAUAUUGGCACUGUACUAAUAUCAUACGAGUACGUAACUCUAACAUACUCUUUAGUUGAGAACACAAUUAAGCAGUCAUUUAUAUACGAACUGCCACCUUUUGCUCCGGGAGGCGAUUUUUCGAAGAAAACAAAUGAAAAGAGAACGCCCAAAGUUAUUCAGUCCUUAUAUCAUCCCAAUUCCCUACAUAUUCUUACUGUUCAUGAAGACAAUUCCUUGGUUUUCUGGGACGCCAAUUCAGGCCAUUUGAUAAUGGCAAGGACAUUGUUCGAGACAGACAUCAAUAUUCCACAACCUGACUACGUACGUGACUCUAGUGCAAGUGGGGCAGCAAUCUCGAAAGUAUACUGGAUGUGCGAAAACAAUCCAGAAUACACGUCAUUACUCAUCUCUCAUAAGCCAAUCAGUAAAGGUGAUAACCAGAGUCUUACCAUGAUCGACCUUGGCUAUACACCGAGAUACUCAAUUACAUCCUAUGAUGGCAUGAAAAAUUACUACGCAAAUCCGAAACAAAUGAAAAUAUUUCCGUUGCCAACCAACGAACCAGUAAUAAAUGUACUACCAAUUCCAAGACAAUCUCCAUAUUUUGCAGGAUGUCAUAAUCCAGGAUUAGUUGCAUUACUUCUUGACAACGGUGAAAUAGAAACAAUGCUAUAUCCUUCCGGAAUAUUUACAAACAAGGCAUCUUUAUUCCCUCAAAAUCUUUCCUGGCUGAGACCAAUAGCCACAGUCUCGAUGGCUGCUUCUGUACCGAACAAACUAUGGCUAGGGGCACUUUCUGCGGCUCAGAAUAAGGAUUAUUUGUUAAAAGGAGGCGUUAGAACAAAAAGACAAAACCCCCCAGCUGAAUACGGUACGGCCAUCAUUACUGGCCAUUCAAACGGCUCAGUAAGGAUAUGCGAUGCUUCGCAUGGGGAUAUACAAGAUAAUGCCAGCUUUGAAGUGAACCUAUCAAGAACAUUGAAUAAAGCCAAUGAAUUGGCAGUCGAUAAGAUAUCGUUUGCUACAGAAACCCUCGAGCUGGCAGUGUCGAUUGAAACAGGAGAUGUUGUUUUAUUCAAGUACGAGGUGAACCAGUUUUAUAAUGCAGAAAAGAGACCAGAAAACGGUGAGUUAGAGAUGAGCUUUAGACGGUUCUCUUUGAAUAACACAAAAGAUGUUCUAGUUGACGUGAGGGAUAGAGCGCCUACCAGUAUUAGGCAGGGAUUCAUGCCAUUAACUGCUGUGCAUGCCAAUAAAGGGAAAACUUCCGCCAUCAACAACAGUAACAUUGGAUUUGUUGGUAUUGGGUAUUCGGCCGGAAACGUCAUGCUGAUCGAUAGAAGAGGACCGGCAAUUAUUUACAUGGAAAAUAUCAGAGAGAUACAGGGAGUUCAAAGUGCACGUGUCACCUGCAUCGAAUUUGUAAUUAUGGAGUAUGGAGAUGAUGGUUACUCCAGCAUACUUAUGCUCUGUGGCACUGAUGUGUGCGAGCUAAUCACAUACAAGAUUCUUCCUGCACCUGGCGGAAGGUUCAAUGUGGAGUUCAUAGAUAUCACGAAUGUUAUUAGUAAAGGGCCGGUACGUAAAAUUGAUGCAUUCUCAAGGGAAACAAAAUCUAGCUGCCUAGCGACCAUUCCGAAAAUGCAGAAUUUAAGCAAGGGACUUUGUAUCCCCGGAUUAAUAAUGAUAACUGGAUUCGAUGAUAUUAGGUUAACAUCGCUAGGCAAGGCUAAAAGUACACACAAGAGUUUUAAAUUUCCACUUGCCACUACAGGUUUAUCUUAUAUUCCAUUUAUGGAGGGGAAUAGUAACAGAAAAAUUUCAACAGUAUUAAUCACGUUAGAAAUCAACGGUCAUGUCAAAAUCUUUUCACUUCCAGACUUCAAAGAACAAAUGUCGGAACAUAUUCCAUUUCCAAUAGCUGCAAAAUAUAUCGCAGAAUCAUCAGUACUAAGAAACGGCGAUAUGUUAGUCAGAGUGAGUGAAUUUCAAGUAUCAUUAUUUUCUACUGUCAAGGAACAGAAUGCACAAGCUCCAGUUUCUGACGUAUUGUAUAUUAAUGGAAUUAAAAUCCCCUAUAGACCGCAAGUGAAUUCGCUACAGUGGGCAAGAGGUACGGUGUAUUGCACUCCCACUCAACUGAAUGAAGUACUGGGGGGUACUAAUAGACCUGACUCCAAAUAUAAGGAAAGUGUUAUUGCCCAGGGAACUUUUUCGGAACGUCCUUCAGAUGAUAAUCAUGAGAACAAUUUAGAACAUCAGUAUACUAAGCCUACACGGAAGGGCAGGAAUAGCAGCUAUGGAGUAAUGAGAAAUGUUUCUCGUGCUGUGGAAACGAGAUGGGACGCUGUUGAAGAUAGAUUUAACGACUAUGCCACUGCUAUGGGUGAAACCAUGAACGAAGCCGUUGAGCAAACUGGAAAAGAUGUAAUGAAGGGGGCCCUAGGAUUCUAA